AUGUCUCAAGGAAAGACCUUCACCCUCAGCACCGGAGCCAAGAUCCCUCUCUUGGGAUACGGCACAUGGCAAGCCUCUCCCGGUGAGGUCGGCCAGGGCGUCUACGAGGCCCUCAAGGUCGGCUACCGACACCUGGACUUGGCCAAGGUCUACGGCAACCAGCCUGAGAUCGCCGAGGCCUUGAAGAAGUCUUUUGCCGAGAUCCCUGGUCUCAAGCGAGAGGAUGUCUUCAUCACCUCCAAGCUCUGGAACUCACAGCACGACCCCAAGCAGGUUGAGGCCGCUCUCGAUGACUGCCUGCAGGAGCUCGGUCUGGAGUACCUUGACCUCUACCUCAUCCACUUCCCCGUCGCUUUCAAGAACAGCGGAGCCCCCAUCGGCCAGGAUCUAUUCCCUCUUACCGGAGGAAACCAGCCCGAUGGCGAUGUCGUCAUCGAUGACAGCAUCUCAAUCGUCGACACAUGGAAGGCCGUGACCGAGCUGCCCAAGUCCAAGGCUCGCGCCGUCGGUGUUUCCAACCACACCAAGGAGCACCUUGAGGCAAUCAUCAAGGGCACUGGUGUCACACCUGCUGCUAACCAGAUUGAGCGCCACCCUCUCCUCAUCCAGCAGGACCUCAUUGACUACUGCAAGGAGAAGAACAUCCACGUUACAGCUUACUCCGCUUUCGGCAACAACAUGGUCGGCGCUCCCCUCCUCUUCACCUACCCCGAGAUCAAGAACGUCGCCGAGCGAUUGACCAAGGAGAAGGGCCAAACCGUCUCCCCCACUCAAGUUUUGCUCGCCUGGGCCCAGGUUGGUGGCCACAGUGUCAUCCCCAAGUCCGUUACACCUAAGCGUAUUGCCGAGAACUUCGAGGAGAUCACCCUGUCUGAGGAUGAUAUCCGCGAGAUCGAGCAAGUCGGCAAGGAGCAGCGCCGAUACAACGUUCCUUACGUCGCCAACAAGCCUCGAUGGAACGUUAACAUCUUUAGUCAUGAGGACGAGAAGCCUGCUACCCACCAGGUUAUUAUCUAA